AUGAGCAGUCAGUCCCAGGAGCAGCCGGCCCAGAGGGGCUCCUUCGGCACUCUGCAGUUCCCGGUGCUGAAACUCUACUCCACAGAUGGAAGACGGGUUGAUGGACUUGCUGCUCUCAUUUUGUGCUCUGGUGUGGUUGUAGCAGCGGGCAAUGAAUCAUUCAGGUUGGCAAACUACAGAUUUCAAAAGAAUAGCCAGACGGCACAAGCCAUGUUUAUGGAGACAAGUGAAACAUCUUUCUCACAACUUCAAACCUUUAACAAUAGUAAAUCAUCUCAUGGAAAAAGUGCCAGAAAAUUCUCUCCAUCUUCAGAAAGUUACAUUGUGAAGCAAAUCAACAAAUCCCGGUAUGGGAACUUGAACAGCCACCAUGUUCCCAAUGGAUCAGUGGACGCAGACACAGUCAUAGAAACAUGCGCACUCAACGGAUGCUGUUGGGACACCGCGCGAAGCAGGACGCAUAGCUCCACAGAGAAAAAUCCACGCACUAUACACAACAUGUCCUACAGAGGUACUACCACCACCGCCUCACGCUCUUCGUACAGAAAGAUGUUUGGAGGGGACCGACCCACAUCCAGGACCACGUAUACAAGCCGCCAAUACACCAGCCCUGUCCGCUCUUCACGUGUUUCUUUCGGCGUCUCCUCCGCUCCGACCCUCUAUGCUUCCAAGACGCAGCGGCUCAGGAGCAGUGCGCCCAUGCCACGGCUCAACUCCGAAAACUUGGACUUUUCUCUGUCCGACGCCAUCAACUCCGAGUUCAUCACGACCCGCACCAAUGAGAAGGCGCAGAUGCAGUCUCUGAACGACCGCUUCGCCAGCUACAUUGACAAAGUGCGCUUCUUGGAGCAGCAGAACAAGAUCUUAUUGGCCGAGUUGGAGCAGCUCCGGGGAAAGGGCACGUCCCGGGUGGGAGAUCUGUACGAGGAGGAGAUGAGAGAGCUGAGGCGACAAGUGGACCAGCUCACCAACGAGAAGGCCCGCGUAGAGGUGCACCGGGACAACCUGGUGGAUGAUGGGGACCGGCUGAGAGAGAAGUUGCAGGAUGAAAUUGCGCUGCGAGACGAAGCUGAAGCCAACAUGCAGUGCUUCAGACAGGAUGUGGAUAAUGCAGCUCUGGCCAGACUGGACCUGGAGCGGAAAGUUGAGUCGCUUCAAGAUGAAAUCAACUUCCUCAAAAAGCUGCAUGAGGAGGAGAUGCUGGAGUUGCAGGGUCAGAUCCAGCAGCAGCAGAGCGUGCAAAUAGAUAUGGAGAUGGUCAAACCGGACCUGACGGCGGCUCUGCGGGACGUGCGGAUGCAGUAUGAGACACUGGCCUCCAAAAACAUCCAGGAGUCGGAGGAGUGGUACAAAUCUAAGUAUGCUGACCUGAAUGAAGCCGCAGCCCGAAAUAACGAGGCACUCAGAGUGUCUAAACAGGAGGCCAAUGACUACAGGCGUCAGGUGCAAGCCCUGACCUGUGAAGUGGACGCUCUCAAAGGAACUAACGAGUCUUUGGAGCGUCAGAUGCGGGAGAUGGAGGAGACCUUUUCCAUGGAGAACAGUGGUUACCAGGACACCAUUGCACGGCUGGAGGAGGACAUCCACAACAUGAAGGAUGAGAUGGCACGCCACCUCCGCGAGUACCAGGACCUGCUCAACGUCAAGAUGGCUCUGGACAUCGAGAUCGCCACCUACAGGAAGCUGCUGGAAGGAGAAGAGAGCAGAAUCUCUACUCCUUUGCCAAACUUCUCAUCUCUAAAUUUUAGAGAAACUAUGACGGACUUCAAGCCUCAUGUUGAAACUUCAACCACAAAGAAAGUCUUAAUCAAGACUAUUGAGACCAGGGAUGGGCAGGUGAUCAAUGAAUCUACUCAGAACCACGAGGAUUUUGAGUAA